GGAAGUCGAAGCCCGCGCGGUCCCGCGGGUCGUAGAAGAGCGGCCCGGUGGCCGGGUCCGGGCCUGGCGGCCAGGCGAACGGGAAAGGCAGCGUGAAGUCCUCGAUCUCCUGCCGACACACAUUCCAGCUGUUCCAGGUCUUGGUGGCAGUCAUUGGAGUCCUUGAUGUCUUGGAGGAGACCUGGCAAAAAUGCUUCAUGCAGCUGGCCCUGGAGCACAUGACCAAGUCCACGGAACUGAAUGAUAUAUAUCAAGAUGCAGCCAGCAAUGUGUUGCUGGCCGUCUGUCGGCACUCAUGGCCGGCAGUGGCCAAGCACUUGGAGACGGAGCUCCUGACGGGUGUCUUCCCACACCGCAGCCUGUUGUAUGUGAUGGGAGUCCUAAUAUCUCAAGAGGAGCUUCUCAAGGAAGAAGACAGAGCAAGCUGGAAAGAUUUGCUUUCCCAGAUGGCCAGAAAGUCGGUGCCGUUCCUGAACACAGAUGUGUGGUCCAAGGAGUUGCUGUGGGCCAUCACCAAGUCUGGCAGAACACAGCAAGAGCAAACCCCGGACAAGGCCUUCCUGUUCACCUACUACGGGCUAAUCCUUCAAGCUGAGGAGAACAGCACCACCGUCAGGACGCAUCUCACAACCCUCUUGGAGACAUCUCACCAGUGGGCCAAGCAAAGGGAGGGCAUUGCUCUCACAGUGGGACUGGUUGCAGUAAACCACUUGGAUGAUGCCUGGGCUAUCUUAGAACAGUUUGGACGGAGCACACCCUUCAAGAGGAGCCUGCAGAACUUUUCCCUGAAGCUCCACGGCCAGAACACUGAGGACCUUCGGUGGAAGUGGGCCAGCAGCACCAUCCUCCUCUCCUACGGCCAGAUGGCAGCCUGGGCCAAGAACCACAUCCUGCCCUGGGUGGACAACAUCUUAUCCAGGAUGAUCUUCUACUUCCACUUCAGCUCCUGGGAUGAGACCCUGAAGCAAAGCUUCCUUACUGCUAUCACGAUGCUGGUGGGAGCCAUCAGCCGGAACGAAGGUGCCCACAGCUACGAGUUCUCCCAGACUAGUGAGCUCCUGGAGUGUCUGAUGACACUGAUGGAGAAAGAGCCGCAAGACACACUGGUCACCAGCAUCCGCCAGCAGGCCAUCCAUAUUGUCUCCAGCCUCUGUGCGCUGAGGCCGCCCAUGGAUGUGAACAGGAAACCCCGCCUCCUCUCCACCUGCUUCCGCAGCAUCUUUACCCUGCCUCAGCUGGAUGACCUGGAGAAGCAGGCCUGCCUCCUCACGGAACCACCCAACAUCAACAUCCAGGUGCGGCCUGCACUUAAGCCCGGGAGACUCUGGCAGGACAUCAGGCUCAGUCCACUGUGUGUGGCUGAAUGGAGAGCCAACGCUGGCCACUCCGCAGGCAGAGUGGAGGCCCUGGGUAGUUGCCUAAAGGCUCUGGGUCUCCAUUUGCCUCCCUGGGACACGGUCCAUGAUCACUUUGGGCCAUGAUUACUAAGGCAGGUAGCUUACCUAGGGUGCGCCUGCUCAGGAACUCUACAUGUAAUGGUACACAUAGCCUCCUUGCUGACACAAGGUCCAUGUAGCAUAGGCAAAGAAGUCACCACUGUGUUUCCCUCUCUCCAAGCCCCAUGCCAACCAACCCAAGGAAUUCACAGAAGAGGGGAGAUGGCUCUCUCAAAGGAAUGUGUUCCCUGAUACUGCAGGAACUUGUCCUACCACACUAAGGUGGCUUAGGGAGUCACCUUCCCUGAAGGUGGGCUCUGUUUCACCACACCUACCUGCCUGCCUGGGUCACUACUAUUCAGGUCUCACCUGGUCCAGCCCCUUCAAUACUAGCAAGCCUUGCAGAAAAGAUACCUGCCAUGUCUCAUGGCUACCACCAGAGGGCGCAUGAGAUUGCCAGGCAUAGUCGCGACCAGGUAUGUCAGUAGCAAAGGGCAGGUCAGUUUUGUGAAGUAAGCCCCACUUUGUGGAACAAAGGCACCACCAGGCUGUCUGUGUACCCUUCCCACAGUUACUUGGGAGCAAGGGGUACACAGCUCAGAAGAAAAGAAUCUAGUGAGAUGCCAAGAUCUGAACCCUACCCAAGGGCCUUACAUGUAUUAUAUGGCCAUGAAGCUGUGUGGACAGGUGGGCCCUUUGGGAAAAGGUGGUGAUAGAGUCGUUUCUGUCUCUACAUCUUACAAAGCAACUGGUGACUGGAAGACUACUUGAUGCUGCAGAAAAUACAACCAAGGACUGGUGUCCACAUUGGGAAC